AUGUUAAAAAUAGCAAAACGGAAUAUAUAUUAUUCUUGUGAUAAGAAGAAAUAUUUUACAAAUAGAUUAUAUAAAAAGGUUUGCAGUAAAUGUUUAAGUUUAAAUAUAAAUAAUUUAAAUAAUUGUGUGUAUUGUAAUAAUAUAUUGAAUGAUAAUGAUAUACGUUUAAUAAAAAAUACAAUUUUUACCGAUAUUAUAAACGUUCGAAAAGAUUGGAAAGGUAUAAAUGAAAAUAUAUUUAAGAGUAAUAAAAAUUUAUGUUUGUUAAAUAAUGUUGAAAUUGAUGAUAGAUAUAUUCAUCUUAGAAAUGGGUUAAUUAUAAAUAAGAAUAAAAAAUUAUAUGUGUAUUAUAAUUGUUACGACUAUAUUAUAUUAAAUAAUCCUUAUAGUAAUUCAUGUCUUAAUUUGAUUGUUUUAUUUAAAGGUAUUAUUUAUGAUAUGAAAAAUUUGAAACGAAAAAAUAUUGGUUGUUUAUUACACAUGUAUAAUUAUAUAUAUUUUAUUAUUGAUAUCCUUUUAUAUUUUCUAGUGAUUAGUAAAGGAAAGUAUAUGCAUUAUAAAUAUAUGUAUAAGAAAAAUAUUGGAGACGAUAAGGAUUAUAAUGAAGAAGCAUUAGAAAUUUUGUAUGAAUUAAAUAAAAUAAUUAAGGAGAAGAAGAAAAAUAUAAGUGUACCUUUCGUAAAUAAGGAAAAGGAAAAUUUAUAUAAUAAUAAUAAUAAUAAUAUAAAUGAAAAGAAUAAAAAAGAGGUAGAUAAUAUAUAUGAGAGCAAAAAAGAUUUGCAGAAUAUAAAUGAAAAAAAUAUUAUUGAAAUAUUAAAUGAGAAUUAUGAAGAUAUGUAUAAAGAUAUAUUAAAUAAUAUAAAGAAACCUAUAUUAAAUAAUUUUUUUAAUAAAUUACAAGAUGCAAAUAUACAGAAAAAAAUAAAAGCUAUGAAAAAACAUUUAUAUAUAGGUUGUUCAUAUCCUUCCCCUUUAAAUCAUUUUUCUAUACAAGUAUUAUUUCCACCUUUUUCAAAUUAUAAUUUUUUUCUGUUUCCAUUUUAUUAUUCUAUAGAAAAAAUUCUUCAUGAUUUGUAUAUAUAUGGUCAUGUUAAGAAUUAUAAUCAUUCGGAAAUUAUAAAAAAUAUAUAUAACGACAAAUUAAUGAAGGAUGUGAAAGAAAGUGACAUGUUAACACGAACAAUUUUGCAGUAUGAAUAG